UCAGGGAAGUCUUGAAAAGGCGGUGAAGUGAUGCUGAGAACGCCACAUACCUGAGGGAAUAUUGUUCCCCAAGUCAAAGCUGUGGCGGGUGUGGUGGCUGUAGACACAAGUCACGAUGAGGGCAGUUCCCACCUGGGUCGACAAGGUGCAUGACAGAGAUAAAGUUGAACAAUGCAUAUAUGAUCUGUGCUUUAGACCAGAUGGAUCUCAGCUGAUAGUGGCAGCUGGAAACCGUGUGUUAGUCUAUGACACAACUGAUGGUGCAUUAGUACAACCUCUCAAAGGUCAUAAGGAAGCUGUGUACUGUGUGUGUUACAGUCGAGAUGGAAAACGUUUUGCUUCUGGCAGUGCAGAUAAGAGUGUUAUCAUAUGGACAUCUAAACUAGAAGGCAUACUUAAGUAUUCGCAUAAUGAUGCCAUACAGUGUUUGGCAUAUAACCCAGUGUCUCAUCAGCUGGCGUCUUGUGCACUCAGUGACUUUGGAUUGUGGUCACCAGAACAAAAGAGUGUACAAAAGCACAAGAGCACAAGUCGAAUAUGUUGCUGUGCAUGGACCAAUGAUGGUGUUUACAUGGCCCUUGGACUGGCAAAUGGAGUUGUAUCCAUCAGAAAUAAGACUGGAGAGGAGAAAAUGAGAAUUGAACGUCCUGGAGGCACAAACUCUCCCAUCUGGUCUUUGGCGUGGAAUCCAUCAAAGGAUGAGCCGGUUGAUGUACUCUGUGUAGCUGACUGGGGACAAAACAUUUCAUUUUACACACUCAGUGGAAAACAGGUUGGAAAGGAGAGACCACUUGGAUUUGACCCGUGCUGUGUGAAUUACUUCAGUAAAGGGGAAUAUCUGCUUGUUGGUGGUUCCAACAAAGCAUGCCUUCUGUACACUAGAGAAGGGGUCAAGCUUGGAACCAUUGGGGAGCAAUCUUCCUGGGUGUGGUGCUGUGCUGCUCGACCAGAUUCUAACUAUGUGGCAAUAGGUUGUCAGGAUGGCACUAUUGCAUAUUACCAGCUGAUCUUCUCAACUGUUCAUGGACUCUAUAAGGAGCGCUAUGCUUUCCGGGAAAAUAUGACUGAUGUCAUCAUUCAACACCUCAUCACCGAGCAAAAAGUUAGAAUAAAGUGUCGGGACCUCGUUAAAAAGAUUGCCAUUUACAAGCACCGUCUAGCUGUCCAACUUCCAGAGAGGAUUAUAAUCUAUGAGCUAUACUCCCAAGAUUCAUCAGACAUGCACUACCGUGUGCGAGAGAAGAUAAACCAGCGCUUGGACUGCAAUCUUCUGGUUGUGUGCACCAAUCACAUUGUUCUAUGUCAGGAAAAACGAUUACAGUGCCUAAACUUCACUGGUGUGAAGGAACGUGAGUGGCAAAUGGAAUCUUUAAUUCGAUACAUCAAAGUUGUAGGUGGACCAGCCAACAGGGAAGGUCUUCUACUGGGACUCAAGAGUGGACAGGUUCUAAAGAUUUUCCUGGAUAAUGCAUUUCCUGUAGCUUUGCUGAAGGUUCCAGCAGCUAUACGUUGCUUAGACCUGAGCUCUUCUCGGAACAAGUUGGCAGUUGUUGAUGAGCACAGCACUCUCCUUGUUUACAGUGUAAACAACUCUGAACUGCUCUUCCAAGAACCCAAUGCAAAUAGUGUAGCAUGGAAUACUAGUUGUGAAGAAAUGCUCUGCUUCUCGGGCAGCAACACCCUCAACAUCAAAGCCUCGAAUUUCCCGACACAUCAACAAAAGUUACAGGGCUUUGUGGUGGGAUUCAGUGGCAGCAAAAUCUUUUGUCUGCACAUCUACAGCAUGUCUACAAUUGAAGUUCCCCAGUCAGCUCCUAUGUACCAGUAUUUGGACAAGAAUAUGUACAAAGAGGCCUAUGAGAUAGCAUGCCUGGGUGUGACUGAUGGAGACUGGGAGGCUCUAGCUAAAGCAGCGCUGCAGGGACUUGAAUACAGCAUUGCUAAGAAAGCCUUUACUCGUAUCAAAAACCUCAAAUACCUAGAAUUAAUACAUUCCAUUGAGGAACGUCGACACAAGGGAGAUGCUGAUAACAACAUCUUCUUAGGAGACGUAUUGGCAUUUGAAGGCAAGUUUUCCGAAGCUGCCAAGUUGUAUCGCAAAAGUGGCAAAGACUCGAUAGCCAUGAACAUGUACUCGGACCUUAGAAUGUUUGACUUGGCACAAGACUACCUUGGCUCAGAUGAAACUGUUGACCGGAAGCAGCUUAUCAGCAAAAAAGCAGAUUGGGCACGCAAUAUCAAUGAACCCCGAGCAGCUGCUGAAAUGUAUCUUUCUGCUGGUGAAGUUCAUAAAGCUAUUGAAAUAAUGGGUGAAAAUGGAUGGGAGGAUAUGCUAUUGGAUGUUGGCCGUAAGACAGACAAAGCAGAUAGUCAAACACUCAGUUUGUGUGCCCAGCAUUUACAUCGCCUUGGCUCUUUGACUCAUGCAGCAGAAAUGUACAAGAAAAUGGGAGAGAUAGAGAGUGUGAUACAAUUGUAUGUUGAAGUGCAAGAUUGGGAAGAAGCAUUCAUAUGGGCAGAUAAACAUCCAGAGUUUCGUCAGAUGGUUUAUGUUCCCUAUGCAACAACUUUAGCUGAGCAGGAUAAGUUCUUGCAAGCUCAGAAAGCCUUCCACAAGGCAGGUAGACCAGAAGAGGCAUUCAGGGUGUUGGAGCAACUUACAAUGAAUGCUGUGAAUGAAAAUCGGUUUGAUGAUGCUGGGUACUACUUCUGGAUGCUGUCCAUGCAGUGUCUUGACAUAGCUGCUGAGGAGGAGGAGGAAUAUGAUGCAAUGAUGAAUAAAUUCAAGGACUACCAAAAGAAAGCUUCAAUGUAUUAUGCUUACCAUACUAUUCAGCGAUAUAUGGAUGAACCUUUUACAUCCUAUAUGCCUGAGGCUUUGUUCAACAUUUCAAGGUUCUUGGUGCAUGAACUAGUGACUACACAACCAACUGGAAUCUCCAAGUUCUCUACAAUGUACACCCUAUCAAAACAAGCAAGGAAUCUUGAGGCUUAUAAACUAGCCCGUUAUGUAUUGGACAAGCUGCAAACACUUCGCAUACCUCCACGAUUUAAGGAAGAUGUUGAGGUGGCAGCUCUUAAGAUUCGUGCCAAACCUUUCCACGACAACGAGGAACACCAGCCACUCUGUUACCGUUGUUCCACUACCAACCCUCUAGUCAACAAUAAUGGCAACCAGUGUGUCAACUGCAGUCACCCCUUCGUUUACUCAUUUGUGUCAUUUGAAAUUCUGCCACUUGUAGAAUUUGUCCUAGAAGAAGGAAUCACUGAUGAGGAAGCAGUUCGACUCAUCCAGCACUCAGGUGGAGGAGGUAGUGCGAGAGAUAAGAAAGGCUCAGUGGGAGAAAAUGAUGAUGAGGAGGAAGAUAACCAUUGGAAGCAAACAGAUUCAGGAGGUGCCCAGGCCCUUACCCUGGACACUUCUCCAACACAUUCACAGAAUGAUGACGACCCCUUCACAGCUAAUCUUAUGAACUUUUAUGGAGGGUCCGAGUACCAGCCAGUAACUCUUGGGCAGUCAGCCCUAAUGGUUAUGGAACCACACGAUAUAAUAAUAUGCAAGUGGCCAAAACCUCUCAAAUUCCAGUACUUCAAAAACAUCAUGCCUGACAUGCCUAUUACACACUGCAUCCAUUGUAACAAGAUGUUUCACACAGAUGAUUAUACACUUCAAGUUCUUCAAAAAGGUCAUUGCCCCUUUUGCCGAACACCUAUUGGAGAAAAUUUAGAGAACAAUGAUUAAAGGUGACAUCACUGAAUGGAGUUGCUACAUUCCUUACAAUAUAUAUAUACAUACUGUAUAUAUUUAUCUAUUCUAGUUAUAAUAAAAAAUCUGCAUUCCUUUUCUGGAGGGGCUGAGUGGUGGCUAGUUCAUUAAGGUAGCUCCACAGAUGAGCCACAUCAGCCCUAGGAGAGUCUAUUGCAUACCAGAGACCAGAACCUUGGCUCUCCAUCACUGGGGCUCAGGGAGCCGGGGAUUGUUACGAUCACCCUCACCAAGGAAACAUCCAGAAAGUAAGUGAAGCAAGAUAGACAACUGUAAGGUUCACAGAGAGAAAAGAAAUGAAGCAGAAAACGUACAGCAGUACAGACAUCUGUACUGCUUCAGUAGACAUGUUGUUUGUUAUUCCAGUUUCCUUGGCCUCCUGUUCCAAGGCUCAUUUGUCUCAGGAUGUCCACAGUGUCAUUGAGUCUAAUCAGCCUGCUGUCUUCCCUUGUGCCCAUGCUGUUUGCAUGUCUGAAGCUUUGACAGCAGUGUUUUCCAACAUGUCAUAUGAUAUUCGUGCUCAGGGAUUUUGGAGGUUUAACAGGAUCCUGGAAGAUCAUUACCUGGUCAGUGUUCCUAGUCCAUGUCAAGUUUGUAUUGUCCUGGGGUCGGGUUUCUUGUCCUUGAUUUUUGUCUUCAGUCUCCUCCCUGGAGAGUCCCAGUUUUCCAUGGUUAGUUAGCUACUGGGAGCCAUCAUUUAUUCCCUUCAGAGAACCAGCAUCUAAUGUAAUGAUAUGCAUUUUCUGCUUGGGGCCUCAUUGACUCGCUGGUUCUUCCUUUUUAUUUUGAUGUUCAUCAAUAGGUGGAUUUUUCAGUUCCAGACUGAGCUCUGUUGACAGGGAGAGCCAGAGCUCGGGUUAUUCUGCCACCUAGUGGUGGCUAGCUGUAACUAAUUGUUUUGACUUAACUGCUAUCUUCUUGAGGUUAUCUUGAGAUGAUUUCGGGGCUUUUAGUGUCCCCGCGGCCCGGUCCUCGACCAGGCCUCCACCCCCCAGGAAGCAGCCCGUGACAGCUGAUUAACACCCAGGUACCUA